AUGCUAUCAAUUCUGUUGGCCGGAGCAUUGCUGUUCCUCUACCUGCUCCUCACUUCUCUCUACAGCUGGUACCGCCUACGGCAUAUCCCUGGACCCUUCUGGGCGGGUAUCUCGAAGCUUUGGCUGUUCAAGCACACAUGGGAUGGGUCCAUGUACCUGACAUCCGCCGAGGCCUGCUUUAAACACGGAUCGUUGAUUCGUAUCGGCCCCAACGAGUUGAUCACUAGCGAUCCAAAUGUUCUGAGAUAUAUUCUCUCCGUCCGCUCGCCGUAUCAUAGGGCCGACUGGUACGAGGCUAUACGAAUCGACCCUGACCACGACAAUGUCUUGUCCGAACGGGAUGAGGAGAGACAUGCAAUGCUUCGCACCAAGAUGUCGCCAGGGUAUGCAGGAAAAGAUGUCCCGAACCUUGAGGAAUCUCUGGACAACGUCAUCCACAAACUCGUUUCCCUGAUAGAGACAAAUUACUUGUCCACAGAUACCGAAUACAGGCCCAUCGACUUUGCGCGCAAAGCACAGUACCUGACCCUUGACAUCAUCGGUGACAUCGGAUUUGGAAGAGCAUUUGGGUACCUCGACGAGGAUAAGGACAUGUUUUCAUACAUUUCCACCACCGAGGCCACAAUUCCCAUGAUCAUAUUGGUUGGCGCUUUUCCCUGGCUGGCAAAGGUUGUGCAAUCGCCCCUCUUAAAGGCCUUCCUGCCCAAGGAUACUGAUGCUUACGGCCUGGGCAAAAUCAUGGGGCUCGCUAAGCAGGUCGUGACUGAGCGUUUCCAACCAGAUGCCAAACCUCACAUGGACAUGCUGGGCUCCUUUAUCCGACACGGCCUGUCACAGGAAGACGCUGAAUCAGAAACCAUGGUGCAAAUCCUUGCCGGCAGCGACACCACCGCCUCCGCCACACGCGCAACAAUGUUGCAUCUAAUCACUAACCCUCGCGUCCUUUCGAAGCUGCUCGCUGAAUUGAAGGCCAAUCAAAUCUCCGAUCCCAUCACCGACUCUGAAGCCCGCAGACUCCCCUACCUCCAAGCUGUCAUCAAGGAGGGUCUCCGCAUCCACCCACCAGUGACCGGCCUGAUGCUGAAAGAUGUGCCACCCACUGGCGACACUAUCAAUGGGUACUUUGUGCCGGGCGGGACAAAACUCGGAUACUGUGCGUUUGGACUCUUCUGGGAUCCCAAACUCUGGGGCUCGGACGCGCGAGUCUUCCGCCCAGAGCGCUGGCUCGAGGGGUCGCCUGAGGAGAUUCGACAGAAAGAGGCCAAUCUCGAGCUUGUAUUUGGACAUGGUCGUUGGCAGUGUCUAGGCAAGAGCAUUGCCCAGAUCGAAUUGAACAAGAUCUUUGUACAGCUCCUUCGGAACUUUGAGUUCAGCAUUGUCGAUCCCACGAAGCCAUGGAAUUCUUUCAAUGCCGGAGUCUUUAUCGUCAGCGACAUGUGGAUGCGAGUCACCAAGCGAGACCCGAAAAUCUAG